CUUUUGCUUUGUUGCGAGUCUGGGGGGUGUCCGUCGGGUCCACGAGUGAUGGAAAGGCAAUGGCGGGCAAAGAAAAUUUUUGGAACUGGACAAUGGCAAGAGAUGUCAAGGAUAAAAAUAAAAAAAGUUUUUAAAAUGACAUUAAGAGGAAAAAAAGAAGGGGUGGAAUAGGGCCAUUGGUGGUGGAAUUGGGGGAGAGGUUAUGACAAACGAUGCUACAGGAGCUGCAGAAGUACUAAAUGAUGAUCAAAUCAAAUAUUAAGUAAGUUCUUGGCCUCAGUUUUUAGUAAGGAGGAGAUGGGAAGUUUAUUGGAUCUGGAAAGAGAACUUAGCGGUGUUGCAGAGGGAAGUUGUGGACUAUACACAUCACUACCAGCAGGCAAAUAACCUUGCAAACUUAAGCUAAACAAAUCCCAAGGGCCAGGAUACAGGGUAUAGUUUGGGACACGACAUGUGAAGCGACUGAUGGGAAGGUGGAAGGCAAACUGGAUGGACCUUGGUCUUCUUUCUCCAAGCAAGUUCUUCUAUACUUAAGGACGGCCGGUAAUUGUACAGACGUGUUUGCGGAUCUUUGCACAGAACCCCUUCCCAUGCAGGUUAAUGACGGGUCAAGGCAUCAGGAAGAGAAUCACAAACCGUACAUGGAGAUGGAAAAGAUGACAGAGGAGGGGAGCGUUCAGUCCAGGGAGCAGGAUAUCAAAGCCCAGUUGCAGAUUGGAAGUGAAGAACUUUCGCAGGAUUCAUAUGGCAGCAUAUCCGAGGCUCCUAGUGAAGAGAACUGUGGAGAGAAGGAGGAAGAAAAGGAAGAACAGUUAAUGGAAGAAAAGAAAAGGAAAAAAGAGGACAAGAAGAAGAAAGACGCCACUCAGAAGGUCACAGAACAAAAAACCAAAGUGCCCGAAGCGACGAAGCCAAGUCUAAGCCAGCCCCCUACUGCCACCCCAGUUGGCAGCGUUCCAACACCACCCGGCAACGGUGGUAACAAUGCCAAAAGGGCGGUGGCCACCAACGGCCAGCCACAGAACGCCGCCCGCUACCUGCCCCGUGAGGUGCCUCCUCGAUUCCGCCAGCACGAGCACAAGGUGUUACUGAAACGCGGGCAGCCCCCUCCGCCUUCCUGCGGGCUUCUCGGAGGUGGUGCGGGGCCUCCCGGGCUGCCGGGGACAAACCCUGGCACCACACAAGCGUCAGCGCAACCCAACGGCCCGCUGCAGCUCGGCGGUGCACCAGCGGAUUCAAGCCCUGGGGGUGCUGGUUCAAAUUAUGCAAGUUCUGCUUGGGGUUCAAGCUCGUCCAGCGCUGAUCCCCAUCACCACGGCUGGGAUAAGUUGAUCGUAGACGGGUCUGAUAUGGAAGCUUGGCCUUGCAUCACAGGCAGAGACUCGGAGGCCGCCUCGGAACACGUAGACAAUGAAGCUGCUUCCAGCCUGGCCUCUGAGAAGAGCCUGUCGCCAGCAGGGGUCGCUACCAGGAGCGGCAAGGGACCUCCGAGCCAGUGCCCGGCCGGCAACGGGAAGAGUGAAUGUAAAUUGGGGGCCUGGAACAUGGGUCUCGUGCCUAAACCCAGUCAAACAACUUCCAUCUCUUCGGAGAGCAAAGAGGGACUCAGCAAUUGGAAAAACUUGAGCAGCCCCGACGGAGGGGCGGGCCUGGGCUUGACCUUGAACCCAAACAUCAACCCGUCGGCCUGGCCGGUGUUGGGCCAGGAGGGCAACUCUGGUAAAGGGACACUGGAGACGGACAUUCUGAGCUCCGGUUCAGUCGGUCAAAGCCCCAGGGAUCAGGACGGCACCGCUGCGGGCGCCUGGGCAAAACAGACAAAAGCGGAAAAUGCGGGUGUUACAUGGAAUGCUUCUGUCGGAGAACAGCCUCCAGCUCCGAACACUGAUGGACCAAAUAACAGCGACACUAACUCUCUGAAUCCCGGCUCGCAGAGCAGCGGGAACCCUUUGCAAAACAAGGGAGUGUCCGAAGCAACAGGGAACGGGACCUGGAACAUGCCCUUAGGGAUGGGCUUGGGAAGCCCCUUGGUAUUGAACCAGUCCCCGAGCACUGACUCCUCGUCCGAAGGCAGUAUUAGAGCGACUCUGGAAGGACGGGGAACUUGGAAUACAGUCUGGGGAUCCACUGGAGCCGAUUCCAUUUCUGGACAGAAUGGUAUAGGAGCCGAUGGCAAUAACGUGCAGUGCGGCGACGAGCUGAUCAAAACUGGCUCCGUCAUGAAACAGUUGCUAGUGAACCGGUCGCGGACUGAAUCCUGGGACAAUAACGGCGGUCCGUGGGACUCUGAGCCACAAGACCCCGGGAAAGCCAAACACUGGGGGAAAGGGAACAGCAGGACAGCUCCCGGCAGUGCUCAGGGUAUGUGGGGUCAACAGCCCGGGGCGGAUAACCGCCCCGAAGGGGAAUGGGGUAGCUCUCUCAGCGAACAGAACUCUGGCACAGGCGGCUGGGACAAUCACAGAGUCAAUCCCCUCCCGGAACAGCAAGGAGAGAGCGCGCAGAAUCCCCAAACCUGGGCAAAGGCUUCGGGUUCUAUUGGCAGCGACUCGGGUCGAGGGAGCAACAAGAAGGGGGGCCCCGGCCCCGAAAGUCACCCCGGGGCCCGUCGUGCAAACAAGAUGGACUCUUCCGAGCAGGAGGAGGCGGUGCAGACUGUCAUGAACCGGACGGACCUGGACCCCAGGGUGCUGUCCAACAACGGCUGGGGCCAGACUCAGAUCAAGCAGAACACCACAUGGGACACUGAGGCACCCGCCAGGAACGAGAGGCGCACGGACAAAGGAACCGAAGGGUGGGAGAGCUCUUCUUCCUCCUCCACCACUGCUGCUCCGAGCACUAACUCAGGGGGCUGGGGCGAAGGGCCCGCUCAGAGCAGUCACUGCUCGUCUGGGUGGGGAGAGGCUCCGCAGCCUUCAAGUGCGGAGUGGAAGGACACAAAGAACCCCAGCGGGUGGGUGGAUCCAAAGAGCGGCCAAGGUUGGGGUGGCGGGAUGCCAGAGGAGAAGCUGCCAUCUUGGAACGACGGCCCGAGGGUCAAGGAGUCCGGCUGGGGCGCAAGACAGCAACCGGGUCAGAGCUGGUCAACAAAUAACGGCUGGGGAGACGGAGGAGGAGGAGGACAGUCGGCCGACCAGCCCAAAGGGGGCGGUUGGGAGGCUCCGAGCUCGGGCUCCAGGUGGGGCGAGGGAGGCCGAGGCGAUGGGGGAUCCUGGGGAGGAGGGGGCAACGUCAAUGCCAACCCAAGGAGCGGUUGGGAAGAGACCUCGCGGCACCAGGGGUGGGGGGAGACGCCCAAAGCCGCCGCUCCGUCCUCCUGGAACAAGCAGCAAGAACCCCCAUUGCCCAGCUCCUGGGGCUCGAUGCCCGCCGGGGGCCGGCAAUCGGGGCCCAGUUGGGGUCAGGCGACCCCAGUGCCCCCCACCCCUCUGCAGCCCACGCCAAAGGAAGAGGAGCCCACUGGCUGGGAGGAGCCCUCCCCUCAGUCCAUUUCGAGGAAAACGGAGAUCGACGACGGCACUUCAGCCUGGGGCGACCCCAGCAACUACAGCUACAAACACGUGAACCUGUGGGACAAGAACUCGCAGGGUGAGGGCUCCGGCGGAGGUGGUGCUGGUGGUGGGGGCAGCAUGAUGCCGCGGGAACAGAACCCGGCCAACCCCGGGACAGGACGAGGCUCCACAUCGAGUUCCGGUUCGAAAUCUAUGCAGGACGGAUGGGCAGGGGGUGACAGACCCCCUGUGACAGGUACCCAUCCCCCUAGCUGGGAGGAAGAGGAUGACGGAGAAAUGGGCCUGUGGAACAGCACAGGAACUCAGGAGACUAACUCGUCCUACAGCUCGUCCAACUGGGCCUCAGGGGGGAAGAAACUUAAGGGCUCCAUAUCCAUGAAAGGUGGGAACAAUGACACGUGGAUCAACCCUCUCUCUAAUCAGUUCUCUAAACUGGGAUUACUGAGGGAGUCUUCCGAAGACAGUGUUGGUAACAAGAUGGACUUAACGGUUGGCGGUCUUCCCGACAAAAAGCUGGAGUCUGAUAAACGAGGAAUGAACAUGGAUUACAAUGGAAUGAUGAGGAAAGACCGAUCAGGAUUCCGGCCACCCAAUCCCAAAGAUUCUCCCUCCACAGACAAUGGGCCCUACUUUGAGAAGAGUGGCAAUCAUGGUCUGUUCGGCAGCAGUGCAGCACAAUCCAGAGGUAUGCACCCGCCUCAGGUGCCACCCAUGAACUCAUCACAGCCUAACCUACGGGCUCAAGUGCCUCCACAGUUCCUGCCCCCUCAGGUUCCUGCCUCCAUGCUGAAACACGCCCCUCCGAACGGCGCCCUGAACCCAGCCCUCUUCAGCCUUGGUCCCCAACUUUCUUCCCAACAGAUAACCAUGCUCAGCCAGCUCCCUCAGCUACCCCAGCUACAGCUGGCGUACCAGCUCCUGAUUCAGCAACAGCAGCAACAGGUGCUGCAGAGCCAGCGGAAGCUCUCGGUCGCAGUCCGACAGCAACAAGAACAGCAGCUUGCUCGCAUUGUCAGCGCUCUGCAACAGCAGCAGCAGCAGCACCGACACCCCAAUGCCCCCGGGAUGAAGCACUCGCCCUCACACCCCGGGCUACCCAGGCAACACCUGGACAAUGUCGUGCCUAGCUCUCUCUCCUCCGGCCUUCCAGACUUCCAGACCAAAGGACAACUUCAGCCAGGCUACCCCAUGGGCCUGAGUUCAAACAUGAACAUGAACCAGUUAGACGUCAACAGUAUUGUAGGGAUGAAGGAGCCUCAGUCUCAGCAGUCGCGGCUCAAGCAAUGGACAACCAUGGACGGUCUCUCUCCUGCCACUCCACCGCCAGAACACAACCCCCUGAAAAACGGUGCUAUUUCGAGCAGUAUGGCACCAUCGGUGAAGCCUCGCGACAGUCUGCCCUACUACGAGAUGAUCGCGGGCGACUCCUUGGCCAGCCACUCGGGUCCUGCCAGUGACAACUGGGCCACCCCUAAGCUGUCCAACGGCUCCAGCUCCAGUUGGCCUCCAGAGUUCCGCCCUGGGGAGCCCUGGAAGGGUUUCCAAAGCAUCGACCCCGAAUCUGACCCCUACGCCACCCCGGCGAGCAUGAUCAGCAGCUCAGCGGCCCCCCCCUCCCCGGACUCGGAACACCAACUUCUCAGGGACAGGAGCACAGGGUCCAGUUCCUCCCUGAACACCUCGCUGCCUUCACCCGGUGCCUGGUCCUAUAGUGCCUCAAACAGCUCCUACAGCACCGUACAGAGCACUUCAGCCAAGUUCAACGACUUCAAAUCGACCUGGUCGCCGGAUCCCAUCGGCCAUCCCAGGAUGUGGAAGAAUCAAAUCCCCUCGAAGAACACUAACCCCCCCACCCGCCCCCCGCCCGGGCUGAGCAAUCAGAAGCCCCCCUCCUCCCCGUGGGGCAGUGGGGCUCCCCGCUUCAGCCGAGGAUGGGGACUGCAGGAGUCCCGCUACGUGCCGAGUACUAACUGGAGUGACGGAGGUUCGAGCGGAUCUGGUCGGGUCAGCUCCUGGCUUGUGCUUCACAAUCUCACUCCACAGAUCGACGGCUCAACCCUGCGCACCAUCUGCAUGCAGCACGGCCCACUGAUAACAUUCCACCUGAACCUGACCCACGGCACCGCGUUGGUGAGAUACAGCACCAAGCAGGAGGCCGCCAAGGCACAGACAGCGUUGCACAUGUGUGUGUUGGGGAACACUACCAUCCUUGCUGAGUUUGUCAGCGAAGAGGAAGUCAAUCGCUAUUUUGCACAAGGUCAGUUAUCCACGCCAUCUCCGGGCUGGCAGACACUGGAGACAGGACAGAGCCAGAUGGAGCCGGUGGGGAGCAGCCUGCACUCAUUCGGGGGGCGCAGCCUGCUCAGCCAGUGGAACAGUGGGGGUCCGGCAGUCAACAGGGGCAGCAGUAACCUGGCGGGUGCCUCUCUCUGGGGGACCACAAACUACACGGCCAGCUUAUGGGGUUCCCCAGCCUCGGAGGACUCACACAGGAUGGGCAGCCCUGCUCCCUUGCUACCCGGUGACCUGCUGGGAGGAGGGGGCGAUUCGAUCUGAAAUUUGAAACUCUUUAAGCUUUUUUCAACCUUUAGACCUGUGACGAACGACCUCGUGAACAUUUUUUUUUCGUUGGAACAGCAGCACUAAUUAAUCUGUGUAUUUUUUUUUCAAACUGCAAUAAGUUUUGAAAAAAACGAGAGUUUAA